UGUGUCUGUCUACUGCACCGUCCACCCCCACCCCUCUCUCAGCCAAAUCAAUGAACAACUCCCUCUGGCGAGGAGGAGUGGGAUGGAGGGAGAACAAAGGGAGGACAAGAAAUUCUCGGCUUUGCACGAGGGACGAGGCUCGAGGACACAAAUGCAAAAAGGAGCCUUUUUUCUUUUGUCGUGGAUCUCCCACAAUGGAUUGCAUUAUUUUGUCGCCGUGGAAAAACUCUUUGGAGGUGGUCAACACAACAAAAUAUACAGGAACAUUCUCAAAACUCAGUUGUUGAUUGUCUUCCUGGUUUUUUUGGCUUCGCGGUUUUGAUUGUUUCCCCCAGCAACUCAAUUUCUGUGUCAGCAGCACGGCAGAAAGCAACGUAAUUCUGUGCCUGCCAUUGUAGAACCAACUUUUACAUCCCCCCCGGUGGAAUAUGAAGGUUCUACGACUCAGAACUUAAAUUUAUGUUGUAGGAAGCUUCGCUGCCUCGAGCAAAACAGGAAUGUACAAUGAUGAAGGAAAAAAAUAAUGCUAGAAGUUAUUCUUGUGUAUUCUACUGUAGGUAGCGACUCCAAAUCAAUGCUGUCUUUCUAUCGAUUCAAAAUGGUUCCUUUUAUUCAUGACCAUGGACUUUGUUUAUUUUCUUCAGACAGUUUGAUUUUCAUGAACAAAACUGUUUUUUUUCCCAAUUUUUUUUUAAUUUAAGAAGUGCCUCAAAGAUCUAAUCUACAUCAUGUUUCUGAUUGCACUCAGUGAUUGUUUCCAAUUCCCUUCAGCUGCCUGGGUGGUUGGUCAGUUCCCUUCAGCUGCCUGGUGGGUUGGUCAGUUCCCCUCAGCUGCCUGGUGGGUUGGUCAGUUCCCUUCAGCUGCCUGGGUGGUUGGUCAGUUCCCUUCAGCUGCCUGGGUGGUUGGUCAGUUCCCUUCAGCUGCCUGGUGGGUUGGUCAGUUCCCUUCAGCUGCCUGGGGGUUGGUCAGUUCCCUUCAGCUGCCUGGUGGGUUGGUCAGUUCAUCUCAGCUGCCUGGGUGGUUGGUCAGUUCCCCUCAGCUGCCUAGGUGGUUAGUCAGUUUCCUUCAGCUGUCUGGGGGGUUGGUCAGUUCCCUUCAGCUGUCUGGUGGGUUGGUCAGUUCCAUUCAGCUGCCUGGUGGGUUGGUCAGUUCCAUUCAGCUGCCUGGUGGGUUGGUCAGUUCCAUUCAGCUGCCUGGGUGGUUGGUCAGUUCCAUUCAGCUGCUUGGUGGGUUGGUCAGUUCCAUUCACUGCCUGGUGGGUUGGUCAGUUCCAUUCAGCUGCCUGGGUGGUUGGUCAGUUCCCUUCAGCUGCCUGGGUGGUUGGUCAGUUCCCUUCAGCUGCCUGGUGGGUUGGUCAGUUCCCUUCAGCUGCCUGGUGGGUUGGUCAGUUCCCUUCAGCUGCCUGGUGGGUUGGUCAGUUCCCCUCAGCUGCCUGGUGGUUGGUCAGUUCCAUUCAGCUGCCUGGUGGGUUGGUCAGUUCCAUUCAGUUGCCUGGGUGGUUGGUCAGUUCCAUUCAGCUGCCUGGUGGGUUGGUCAGUUCCAUUCAGCUGCCUGGUGGGUUGGUCAGUUCCCUUCAGCUGCCUGGGUAGUUGGUCAGUUCCCUUCAGCUGCCUGGUGGGUUGGUCAGUUCCAUUCAGUUGCCUGGGUGGUUGGUCAGUUCCAUUCAGUUGCCUGGGUGGUUGGUCAGUUCCAUUCAGCUGCCUGGUGGGUUGGUCAGUUCCAUUCAGCUGCCUGGUGGGUUGGUCAGUUCCCUUCAGCUGCCUGGGUGGUUGGUCAGUUCCCUUCAGCUGCCUGGGUGGUUGGUCAGUUCCCUUCAGCUGCCUGGUGGGUUGGUCAGUUCCAUUCAGCUGCCUGGUGGGUUGGUCAGUUCCAUUCAGCUGCCUGGGUGGUUGGUCAGUUCCCUUCAGCUGCCUGGGUGGUUGGUCAGUUCCCUUCAGCUGCCUGGGUGGUUGGUCAGUUCCCUUCAGCUGCCUGGGUGGUUGGUCAGUUCCCUUCAGCUGCCUGGGUGGUUGGUCAGUUCCCUUCAGCUGCCUGGUGGGUUGGUCAGUUCCCUUCAGCUGCCUGGGUGGUUGGUCAGUUCCCUUCAGCUGCCUGGUGGGUUGGUCAGUUCCCUUCAGCUGCCUGGGUGGUUGGUCAGUUCCCUUCAGCUGCCUGGUGGGUUGGUCAGUUCCCUUCAGCUGCCUGGGUGGUUGGUCAGUUCCCUUCAGCUGCCUGGGUGGUUGGUCAGUUCCCUUCAGCUGCCUGGUGGGUUGGUCAGUUCCCUUCAGCUGCCUGGGUGGUUGGUCAGUUCCCUUCAGCUGCCUGGUGGGUUGGUCAGUUCCAUUCAGCUGCCUGGUGGGUUGGUCAGUUCCCUUCAGCUGCCUGGUGGGUUGGUUCAGUUCCCCCUUCAGCUGCCUGGUGGGUUGGCUGCCUCAGUUCCCUUCAGCUGCCUGCCACAUGA